GCACUUGUUCUGAGGUCCUAAUGAGAAAACGGGAACGCCCAUGUGUUGGCUAGAAAAGUGAAGUGACAGGAAGAAAAGAAUCACAUGUGAGCAGAACAGCACCGGCCGGGUCCGCUGAGCUUCUGGCUUCUCAACAUGAGCGGGAUGAAUGAUCACGGGUACAAAGGUGCCACAGAUCUAUACGAAAGGAGGAUUGUUCUGGUUGGGAAGACCGGCGUGGGCAAGAGCGCAGCAGGAAACACCAUCCUCGGGAGGGAAGCCUUCGAGUCGGACCUCUCUCCGUCCUCCCUGACGGCUGAAUGCCAGAAAGCAAAGGGAGACGUUGACGGUCGGAAGGUCGCCGUCAUCGACACCCCGGGGCUGUUUGACACAAACUUCACUCAAGAAGAAGCGCUGAAUAGGAUCAAGAUGUGCAUCUCACUGUCUGCCCCUGGUCCUCACGUCUUCCUGGUGGUUCUUCAGCUGGGCAGGUUCACCCAGGAGGAGAAGGACACAGUCAAGAUGAUUCAGGCCACAUUCGGUGAAGAUGCAGCCAAAUACACAAUGGUGCUGUUCACACAUGGAGACCAGCUGAAGAAGCAAACCAUAGAGGGCUUCAUUUCAGAGAGUCCCGACCUGAAAGUUCUCAUUAAAACGUGCUACAACAGAUACCACGUUGUCAACAAUGAAAUCAAAGAUUCCCAGCAAACCAGUGAGCUCCUGGACAAAAUUGACAAGAUGACCAUGGCUAACAAUGGCAGCUGCUACACCAAUGCAAUGUUUGAGAAGGCAGAGGCAGCCAUAGAGAAGGAGAAGGAGCGGCUUCUGAAGGAGAUGGCGGCCCAGAGGCAGAAAGAGCUGGAUGAGCUGAGAGCCAGAUAUGCAGGAAGGGCCUUCUUCAGGGAGGAGAGGUGGGUGCACAUGAGGUACGAGCGUGAAGCCAGGUCUCGAGCCGAAAGGUCCAAUGACUUCACCGCAGCACCAACCAUAGCCGUAGCGACAGCCUGCGGUGCCGCCAUUGGAGGCGUGCUGGGAAUUGCAGGAGGUCCAAUCGGUCUGGCCAUUGGAGUUGCAGCUGGAGCUGCAGCUGGAGCAGCUGUUGGUGCCAUAGCAGUGAGAGUCUCCGAUCGCUGCCAUGUGCAGUUAGUUCCUGCUCAGCCAGUAGAUUUGACACUGAUCACAGAAACGAAGGCCUGUGAUAGAUCGGAGAGCUGUCCAGGAUCUCGCAAGCAGAGCAAGUGUGAAGAAGUUCGAAUCAUUUUGGUGGGAAAGACAGGAGGAGGGAAGAGCGCAGCAGGAAACACCAUCCUGGGAAGAAAAGCCUUCGAGUCCGAGCUGUCCCCAUCCUCCUGGACGGUCCAGUGUAAGCGAGCUGAGGGGGAGGUGGACGGGCGACGGGUCGCCGUCAUCGACAGUCCAGGCCUGUUUGACACCGAUGCCAGCGAAGAAGAGGUGCUGAAGAAGAUUAAAACAUGUAUGUCUCUGUCUGCUCCUGGUCCUCACGUCUUCCUGCUGGUUCUGAAGCUGGGUCGGUUCACUCAGGAGGAGGAGGACAGCAUGAAGGCGAUUCAAAGAACGUUUGGCGAAAAGGCCGCCGAGUACUCGCUGGUGCUGUUCACACACGGAGACAAACUGAAGAAACACACGAUCGAAAGCUUCAUUUCAAAGAGUGAGAAACUCAAAGAGCUCCUUCAGGUUUACUGCGGCAGAUAUCACGUCUUCAACAACGAGGUGGCCGACCAGCAGCAGACCAGCCAGCUGCUGGAGAAAAUCGACAGAAUCAUUUUGGAGAAUGGUGGCGGCCACUACACUGCAAAGAUGUUCAGAAAGGCCAAAAGGGAGUCAAAGAAAGAAAAAAGAAGACUUUCAAAGGAGCUGAAGGCAGCAGAGCAACAGAGGAGGAGCAUCCUGGAGGCUGAAGUCCAGGAAGAGAUGAAGCUAAGAGGUCAGUCAAAGAACAGCAGCAGAUGUCUGGUGCAGUAGGAAAUCCAGGAUGGUGGUCAGAAUCAGGUAAAGCAUCUGGACGCCACUUAGGAAGGAAGGCUACCGUUGGAGGGCGUACAGGAGGGAAGGAGCAUUCCCUCUGUCUGAGUAUUCACUGCUAGAGCUGAAGGCACACUGGUUCAGAACACAGGACAUUACAGGACAUCUGACGCCUUGUAGGCCACCGUGACGUCCACGUCUUCCUGUCAGCAGCAGAUAAUGAAGGCACCAGCACGACUAGUAUUCACUGGUCCUCUAGUUUUAUAACUUUGGUAUGGUUUAGGUUUUACUAAUUCUUAGAUCUUACUUUAAAACCAGAAUGACCUGCUGAGCCCCGUCUAGCCCGCAGAGUACAGCUGGCCUGAGGGUUUAGACAGGAAACACCUGAAACAACACAUCCAUGUUUGUUCUGCUGGCCUUAGUCAUACCUACAUGCUAAAUGACAAAAAUGACAUUUACAUACUCACGACUCGUAGUUUUAGGUCGUAAAGUUGUUGGUUUUAACCCUGACCUGGGUCCCGACCUAACCCUGACCUAACCCUGACCUAACCCUGACCU